AUGAAGGAGGCUAUGAAGACUAAGCAGGCUCAACCUGAGGAUGUAAAUGACCUUGAAGAUGGUGUGGAAAUUCUAGUGGCUGAAGGCAAAAAGGAUCAUUUGAAGGAGAAUUUAACGGCUGAAAAGGACAAUGAAAAAACAAAGUCCGAUGAAGAUGUGGCAGUUAAUGACAAAACUGAAGUGGAAAACCAAAAGGAAGGCCACCAUUUCUUGCAGAUAGUCGAAAGAGAAGUUUCUAGAUUACAAGAACUGAUAAACAAUGCUGAAUAUGACCUAGAAACUUUCAGACAGCAGAUGAGUGAGGAGGUGCAAGGAAAGGUCCUUGCAGCAACAGGAAAGGGGCGCCUCCUCAUCUCGCAGAAGAUUGAGCAGUUCAGAGGGCUCUGCCAACAAAAUAUUGAUGGUCCUAAAGGAGAGGAGCCUGCUAUAAUAGCUGCAGAUCUGGCUGGCUUUUGGGACAUGGUUUCCAUUCAGGUGGGUAAUGUAUACCAACUUUUCGAAGAAAUUGGUGACCUGAAAAGUCAUGGAUGGAAACAUGAACUAGAUACAUGCGCAACUACCAAUGUCCCUAAAGGUCCUGCAAAGAGGAAACCAGUUCAAGUUAAGAAAGGACCUUCUAAACCUUGCACUGAGAAAACAAAAGCGCGAGAUGAGGCCCGCAAGAAACUACUGGAGGAGAGACGCAGGGCAAUGAAGGAGGCUAUGAAGACUAAGCAGGCUCAACCUGAGGAUGUAAAUGGUGGUAUAGAUUGUGAGGAAAUUCUUAUGGCAGAAGGCAAAAAGGACCAUUUGCAGGACAUAGGCCGAUGA